UUUCUUCCUUUACCUUCUUUGUCUUUCAGUUUUCUUCAAUUGGUUGAUCUGCUUCUCCACCACCCUACUCUCGAUCUUCCCCCCUUUAAUGUCCGAUGAAGAUCAACUUCAACCUCAACUACUCAUAAUCUAGAGAGAGAAAAUUCUAGAGUGAGAAAAAAAGUUUCGUUCUUGGUGCUGAAUUUUGGGUUUUUGAUUUUGACUAUGUUUUGAAGGUGAAAGUGAUUAGGGUUUGUUUAUGAGAGUUGAUUCUUGUUGGGUUUUGUGAAAAGUGGCUGUUUUUGUUAGAUUUGUGAUAUGGGUGGGUGUUUUCCUUGUUUUGGAUCAUCCAACAAGGAGGACACUAAAGGUGUGAAGGAAGUUGCGAAGAAAGAGGGGUUUAAAGAAGGUUCUGUUGCUCAAUCUCAUCACCCCACUAGGGUUAGCUCAGAUAAAUCGAAGUCACGAAGUGUAUCAGAUUCUAAGAAGGAAGCGCCAGCUCCAAAGGAUGGACCAACGGCACAUAUUGCUGCACAGACAUUUACAUUUCGAGAGCUUGCGGCUGCUACAAAGAAUUUUAAGCCAGAGUGUUUAUUAGGUGAAGGAGGUUUUGGACGUGUUUACAAAGGUCGCCUUGAGAGCACGGGACAGGUGGUUGCUGUAAAACAGCUUGACCGAAAUGGACUUCAAGGAAAUCGAGAGUUUUUGGUGGAAGUUCUCAUGCUCAGCCUCUUACAUCACCCAAACCUUGUGAACUUAAUUGGUUAUUGCGCCGAUGGUGAUCAGCGGCUUCUCGUUUAUGAGUUUAUGCCAUUGGGAUCUUUGGAGGAUCAUUUACAUGAUCUUCCUCCUGACAAGGAGCCUCUAGACUGGAACACAAGGAUGAAAAUAGCAGCUGGUGCAGCAAAGGGAUUGGAAUAUCUGCAUGACAAAGCAAACCCCCCUGUGAUAUACAGAGACUUGAAAUCAUCCAACAUCCUCCUAGACGAUGAUUUUCAUCCUAAGUUAUCAGAUUUUGGGCUGGCAAAACUCGGUCCAGUUGGUGACAAGACUCAUGUAUCUACACGAGUAAUGGGAACAUAUGGCUAUUGUGCCCCAGAAUAUGCUAUGACAGGUCAACUAACUCUCAAAUCAGACGUCUAUAGUUUCGGAGUUGUCUUCCUUGAACUCAUUACUGGGCGCAAGGCUAUUGAUAAUACUCGUGGGCACGGUGAGCAUAAUCUCGUGGCAUGGGCACGACCUCUAUUUAAAGACCGCAGGAAGUUUCCCAAAAUGGCUGAUCCACUACUUCAAGGUCGAUAUCCAAUGCGGGGACUGUACCAGGCACUAGCAGUUGCAGCAAUGUGUUUACAGGAACAAGCUGCCACAAGACCUCUUAUAGGAGAUGUUGUGACUGCUCUCACAUAUCUCGCCUCGCAGACUUUCGAUCCGAAUGCAGCCACUCAGUCAAACAGGCUCGGUUCCUCAACUCCUAGGAUGAGGACAGACAGUAUGGAUAGUCCCGACCGCAGACAGCUUGGUUCUCCGUCUACCCACAGAAACUCACCUGACUUCAGGAAGAGAGACAGCAGGGAUCCAAGUGAGUUGAGCAGGGUUGACACAGGUGGCAGUGGUUCAGGGAGAAAAUGGGGAGGAAUGGAUGAUCUGGAAAGGCAUGAUUCUCAGAGAGAUAGCCCUGUAAAUACCGGAAGAGCUAGAGAGACUCCAAGGAACCGUGACCUGGACAGAGAACGCGCAGUGGCGGAAGCAAGAGUAUGGGGUGAGAAUUGGAGAGAGAAGAAAAGAGCAAAUGCAAUGGGAAGCUUUGAUGGUACAAAUGAAUGAACAAACAUCACAUCACAUUACAUCACCAAAUUAGGUUGCUUUUGAGUCAGGAGAAUCUGUGUUGGUUUUCUCCUACAUCAUUUUAUAGUAGUUAGUUCACAGUUGAAAAAAAACAACAAAAAAAAAGAGGUUGGGGGAGACAUGUAAGUUAGUGUGGAUUUGGGGUAUUAAAAGUGCAAUCAUGUUGCAUCCUUGUCUAUUUACUAAAGAUUUCUUCUAGGUUCAUGUUGCAUAGAGUAUCAUCAUCAUAGGCGUCUAAUUUUUGGCUUAGUGGAUUUGGUUGUGGGUUUCAUUGCUGUCACAUGUUAUUAUCUCGUACAGUUAUAUCUAUUAUAUUUUAUGUC